AUGGGUCGAAGGAAGAGUAAGAGAAAGCCGCCUCAAAAAAGGAAAGCCAUAGAACCACUGGAUACACAGUUCAACUGUCCGUUUUGCAAUCACGAAAAAUCUUGCGAAGUGAAAAUGUAAGUACUGUGUAUGUAUUAAUGUGUGUGGAAUGUUGUCACGGUCGUCUCCCGGCUAUAAUCUCUUAAGUAGUAUUUUUACUAUAUUCUUCAGGUCACAUAUAUUACGAUUUGGUGAAUAAUUAAUUUCUUCUGGCAAAAAUUAGUCAUUACUUAGUGUUAUAAAUGUUGCAGGGACAAAAGUCGAAAUAUAGGUAAAGUGUAUUGCCGUGUUUGCCUGGAAUCAUUUCAAACCACGACCAGCUUUUUGUCAGAACCGGUGGACAUAUACAACGAUUGGGUAGAUGCGUGUGAAGCGGCUAAUUAAUAUCGGAUGGCUACAAACCGAAGUAAUUAAAAUAAAAAUAUAUAUUAUUUAUGUGCAUUUAAUUAUUUUGUUUCACUAUAUACAUUUAGUUUAAUGGAAAUGUAGCGCCUGAACAUAUCCCUUCAACUAACUAUUAAUCAAUUUCUGGUUUAAUUGUUGUUAUUAGUACCUAAUAUUCGUAUAAAUUGAUUGAUAUAAUAUUUUUACCAUUUUCAAUUUAAAAAAAAGUAAUUUAUGUAAGCGCAUAAGAGAUGUAUAAUAACAAACCAGCAGUUCCCAAACUUUUGGUUCACGCUAUCCUAAAAAUAAAAAAUAAAUAAUUGCUGCCCAUGAAUAAGUUAACUACAAUAAUUUGUGUAUUAUUUAAAUAUUCAAAUAUUUUUAUUUUUAUGACAAAACAAAUCGACCAUAAAUAUUAUUUAAUUUCAAUUAAAGUAGGUAUAUCAAAAUAUUUUUAUUUGUAUGAAAAAAAAAAAAAUAAUGGCUAUUAGUAUUUAAUAUUAAUUUAAACAAUGUGCUUAUUUAAUGUUCAAUUGUUCUUCGAUAAAUAAGUGACAAUUUUGUAACAGCCACACACAUUUCUUUUUCAAUAUUAAGUUUUGAGUGUUUUGGCUGAUAUUUUGAUUUUAAUGCAGCAACUGCAGACAAUUCUGAUUCACACAAAUGGUAGUAAUAUAUGUUAGUUACAUAGGAAUAUUCAUCUUUAACAUUGUUCCAAAAUCUUAUAAGUGAAUAUGAAUAAAACUUCAUUUGUAACGAAAAAUCAGUUGAAAUGUUGAUUAAUUGUUCUUCUGUAAUUGUGACUUGAUAAUGAAUUAUCAUUAGAUCAUUAUCUUUAAUCCAAUUGUAUUGUUUAAUUUCUUCUGGAAAAUAUGUCACGUAAUAACUUUUAUCAGAUGAUUAAAAAACUUUUUUAUUGAAGUCAUUGGUAGUUUGAGAUCAUUAUGUUCAAGAAAGAUUUAAUAAGAACUAUUUAAUAUAGGUACCUAGUAUUAAAGGAUAACACAUAGUGUGUAUAUACAAACAAUUAAACUAACAUAUUCUAUUAAAUAAACAUAAUUAUUAACACAAAUUCAAUAUUAUCUUUAACAAAGCCAUAUAAAUAAUUUCAAUUUAAAUACUAUUAAAAAACUUCAUAAAGGUGUUAAAGAAAAAAUAAAACACAAAUCAUCAAAUAAUGUUGUUAAUUAUUGAAGUAUGAAAUAUCAAAAUAAUAUGUCCAACUAAUACACACAGAAUAUGCUGUUAUAUGCGAAAUAAAUUAAUAAAAUGACCCAAAAUAUGCAAUUUUAAAUUAAAAAUUAAAUUUUAAUUUGUUUUACUGGGGUAGUUAAUAAUUACAACUUGCAGAUAUUCCUUCCAAUUCCAAAAAAUAACAAAAUUUUUUAAGUUCUUAUAAUUUUUUAAGAUUAACACAAUAUUAAUUUAAUACUUCAGGAUCAAUUUUAGUCAUGAAUAUUAAUGCAGAUGUGUUUUUUGAUUGCAAUUAAUUAUCCUAAUAAACCCUCCAACAGUGGCAUACCCAUGUUCCAGUAAUAUUUAACAGUAUUAUCAGUAAAAUGAAAUAAAAAUUUCUAUUUUCCUACAUAUUCACAACACUGUAUUACGAUGUAAGUAAAUAACAUAAUUUUAAUAUUAUUAUUUAUUAUUGUUACCGAAAAAAAAAUUUGUAUUUUUCUCACAGGUAUGGUCUCACAGAAAAUAAUAUGUCAAAGAAAUUUGCUAAAAUUCUAAAUAAUAAUUCAAAUAAUGUAUAAAUAGCUUUGAAGACUAAUAAUAAUUUAAUCAAACAUUUAAACAAUACAACUAAAAACAAAAACAAGAACUUAACAAAAAAUCCUCAUUCUUUUGAAAAUGCUGGUGUAUAUAAACUUAAAUGUAACUGUAAUAAAUUUUAUAUAAGUAAGACAAAUAGAAAUUUUAAAAUAAGAUAUAAAAACACAUUUCUGAAAUAAAAUUUAAAAUGAUUGCCCCUAAUUUAAAUUUUGCUAAAUAUGUUUUAUAUAAUAACCAUUAUAUAAGUUUUGAUAUCAAUACUGACUUAGAAAUAUUAAAUACCCAAAAUAACAUUUACAUUAAUUUAGUUUUUGUAGAAUUACACAUAUAUACGAGUAAUUAAAUAAAGAAAAAUAAUUUCAUUAAUAACUUAAAUAAACAAACCAAUUUUAAAAAUAAUAUUUUAGAUAAUAAAUAAUAACCAAAUAAUUUUUAUUUCUUAACAUAUUUAUGUCUAAUAAUAACCCCAUUUUAAAUAAUCUCUUAUUAGAAUACAUUUUUAAUUUGAAACUGUACAAUAUACAUAUCUUAAUAGACACAUUCAUUAAUUAAUUAAUUUAAUGUCUACAUAUAAAUUAUUUAUUUAUAUAUUUGUAUUAUUAAUUAUUAUUAAUAUUAUUUCUUUUUAUUAUAAUCAGGAUUGGGCGCUAAAAAAAAAAAAAAAAAAAAAAAAAAAAAACUAAAAGCAAGAAAAGCAUUUAAAAAUAUUAUUUUUGAAUUCAUAAUAUGGCAUAAAUUUCUAUAAAAUUGCUAGAUUAAAUGCUAAAUGUCCUAAACAUUAAUUUUAAUAUAUUUGUAAAAACCUAAUUCGAUUUGUAUAAUUUGUUAGUACUAUUAUAAUAUGUUUUAAUAUUAUACAAAUACAUAUGAUGGGUACUGAUAAUUAUAGGCUUUCUUCAUACUUGUUUGAGUGCUAUAAAAUUCCUCAUAACCAACCAUAUUAAUAUUGUGUUUUUUUUUUAUAGAUUGUACAAAAUCAACAGAUGCCAAAAUAUAAAUAUUUUUAA